AUGUCAACCCCCCUCUUCGGCAUCGUCCCCGCCGGCCACCCCCUCAUCACAGCCCCGGCCUCCUCCCCCUCCCCCACCUCCUUCCUCUACGCCCUCCCCACGACAAAGCCCUUCUCCCACAUCGUCGUCUUCCUCCUCCCCGGCAUCGCCCUGCCCGCCGACUCCGCCGCCGCAAUCUACCUCACCACCGCCCGCGAGGCCGCCGCCAGCGCGACCCCCAACUUCCGCUUCCUCGGCGCCAUCGGCCCCGGCAAGGAGAGCGCCAUGUUCAAGGUCGCCGGCGCCGACUCAACAACAUCAGAUCCUAGCAGUAGUAGCAGCGACGGCGGCCUCAUGAUUGGCAUCUCCGUCGAGCCCGCCGAAGUCGUCGCCCCGCGCCUGCAAGAGCUCGCCGCCAGCAAAGCAGCGACACAAGGCUCCUCCUCCACCUCCUCCUCCUCUUCAUCAUCAGUCUCCACCGUCGUCCUCGCCCAGCGCAUCAUCCAAAACGCAUUCAACUUCCUCGCCAGCUUCAGCGGAACGGCAGGGCCUGGCGGCGUCGAGGUUGUCCCUCUCCGGGCCUUUGAGGAGUGGUGGCGCAAAUUCGAAUCACGAAUCCGCUCCGAUCCGAGCUUCCUCGAGAAGCAGUCCGACUGA